AUUUCACUUGGCAAAAGAAACAUAAACAAUUAUUUAUAACGAAUUGGGAUGUUAUUAAUUUUAUUGUAUUGUGCAGUGAGUUUCUAGUAAUUGGGGUUUGAUAGUAUACCUGACGCAAUGCCACCACAGACCACCACACCGAUAUGUGCAGAUCUGGCGAGAAACAUAGAAAGUGAACAUCAUGCUACUACAGUACAGAAAGAAAAGUACUAUAAGUCAUAUUUUGGCACGUUUGGAGCAGAGUUAAAAUGGGUUAACAUAAUCGCCAUCUUCGCUUUACACGCAUUGGGCUUUUGGGUAGUGUUUGCUUUCCCAUAUUGGUAUCACAAAAGGUUGUUCGUUUAUGGUGUAUUCAUUGGUCAAUUGACUGGCUUAGGUAUAACAGCAGGCGCACACAGGUUAUGGACGCAUCGCUCUUACAAAGCUAAACUUCCAUUGCGAAUUUUUCUGAUGCUCUGCUUCUCAUUGGCCGCACAGAAUGACUUAUUCGAGUGGGUUAGAGAUCACAGAGUACACCACAAAUAUUCAGAAACAGAUGCCGAUCCGCAUAAUGUGAAUAGAGGUUUCUUUUUCGCCCACUGUGGAUGGUUGAUGAUGAAGAAGCACCCUGAAGUAAUAAGAAGAGGAAAGGAAAUUGAUAUGAGUGACAUUCUGGAAGACCCGGUUGUACAAUUCCACCUAAGAUACUUCACACCAUUAAAAAUAAUGAUCGCGUUCGUUCUUCCUUCCAUAAUCCCUCCGUUAUUGUGGGGCGAAGAUUGGUUUUGGUCAAUAAUGGCAAUUUCGGUCGCACGUUACGCACUUUCACUCAAUUUUACAUGGUCUGUCAAUAGUGCGGCACACAUAUGGGGGAGCAAACCGUACGAUAGACAUAUUGCGCCCGGGGAAAACAUAUGGGUGUCAAUGGUAGCGAACGGAGAAGGGUGGCACAACUAUCAUCACACCUUUCCCUGGGAUUAUAAAACGUCGGAAUUCUUUAACGUUAACUCUACGGCACGCUGGAUAAGGUUAUUUGAAAAGAUGGGCUGGGCGUAUGAUUUGAAAUCCGCCUCAAAGGAGUUAAUCGAAAAGGUGGCCAAAAACCGUGGAGAUAGAUCUAGAUUUGAGGACAUCCACUUUGAAGUGAACGAAAACGGGGACGUGGUUAAUAAUUGAAAAUUAUUAUUUGCUAACCUCUGUUUUUGUUAAACUUCAUGCCUGGAAAUAAGGAAAGGGAGAUUGUAGAUGAUUGAUAAUUGUUAUU